AUUGGAGAUGAUUUCUUCUUUCCCAGAAGGUUCUGUAAUUCUGUAGUGGAUGAGCUUUAUGUGUAAAUGAGGUUAGAUACAAGGACGUGUGUGUUAGUGUUUCUGUAGGAAAGCUUGUAGCAAAUUGAUGGCGUAGUCUCUAACACUAUUGUUCUGUAUUUGAUUCAAAUUUCGUUCCUUGAAUGUGAUUAUGCCACACUUUGGACAUAGAGUGGUAUUAUUAGCUGAUUGUUUGUUGAAUUUAUCCAAGGCUUCAAAAUAUAAGCGUGGUAGAUAUUUUUGUAUUAUUGAGUAACACAGGAAGAUCUCAGAAGAUGUGCAGCAGUUGGGACCACUCUUUUGCUACAUGGAAACCUAAUAAUAAACUGCCAUGUCUCAGGAUUGACUGUCACUUGGUAACUUAAAGCAUAGUUUUAAAGCCUGUUAAAAGUUGCUCUUAUCAGUAUGCAUUUUUUAUGGAUUUGAUUAUACUUUUUUAUGUUAUUGUUCCUCAAAUCCUCAGUCUUUUCUCUCCUUAUGUUUUCAGGGAUAACUUGAGAAUUCAUUUCUCUUUUGCCAUACCAGUCUCCAGUUUUUUUGCAUCUAAAUCGGUUGUGUAAGCAACGAAUUGGAAGCACACACAACUAACCCUGAGCAUAUCUGGACAUCACAUGGAAUGUCAAUGCUACUAUUGGAGAAAGCCAGGUCAUUGCAUAAGUAAUGAUAUGUACCUAUGUUUUUGUUUAAGAGGUGUGUUUAAAAGCAUAUGACUGCCAUAAUUUCCUCUAGGUUACUGAAUUUUUAGUUUCUUACAUAGAUAUUUGUCUGAAGCCAAGAUCCCCCCCCUCUUUUUUCCAUUCUUUUCAGCGUUGUGGAAUUCUUGUUUGUGGCUGGUCAUGCCUAGAGCAAUUUCUUUUGGUGAUAUUAUAGGUGGACAUUGUUUGGCAUGGGGUUUGCCAGACAUGUAAACUAUUUAGUGUAUAUUAGACUUGUUCUCUAGGAAUUAGGAAGAAGUCUCUUACCCUUUGCAAGCUGGCAUAGGUAUACUGUCUAUUAUGUUCUUUAGAAUAAUGACUAUGAGGCAUAUGAAGUGGGCAUGCGCAUAUUUAGGUUUAUCCUUGUCCUUGACAUGUGAUGGCAGUCUGGGGUUUAGUUUAACCCUUGUACCAUAGCUAGUCUAGCUGCCGAAGCUCUUAAGGUUUUUUCUGUGUGGUGAAGUGCCUUGAAAUUCUAGUGAUUUGUGAUAUAAAAGAAAAUGUACAGUUUUGUUAAAAUUUCCAGGACUCAAUAGAUAACGUAAAAAAAGGCCCACAAAAAACCACAUACAUGUAUAACCAAAACUGCGUGAAUUGUGUAGUUUUGAUCACAAUUGCCUCUUCUUUCUACAUGGUGCGAACUAGAAAAAAAAUAGAAGUAAUUAAUCAUUCUUUUCUUUGCUUUGAUUGUCUUAUCUCAUCACUGCACUUUGAUAACUCUCCUCUCCUAAUCACAGGACUGGGAAUCAAAGCCUUUUCUAAUGGCAUCACUGAACCCUACGGCUGCAAAUUCGUUUUCAUCUGCUUCGUCAAUUGUCUUGUAGAGGAUAAAGAUGCUGGAGCUAAAUGAAUAUCUGGUUAACAAAAAUAUCUCUUCCUUCAGUUUAGAGAGCAAUCCAAUAAUGAAAUGUAAAGAAAUUAUAUCUUGUCAAUUCAACGCCAGCAUCAUACAUCGUUUCAAUUUCUCUGCAUUUACAAGAGACGUUGGUAGCUGCUGUGGUGGUCUUAAUUAAUGUCAUCGGACUUUACCCUAUGCGUCUACUUCUAACCUAAUGUAACUUGAUAAUUGGUAUACAGUGAUUUCUUGAGUCCUUAUCCUGGUGGUCGAGUUUGGACCGCUGAAGCUCUGUCCUUGUUGACUCGUCAAGCAUCAGGACAAUGACAUAUUAUAAGUGCAUAAUGUUGCUUUGCAGCCUACCAUAAACAGUUAACUACUGA